AUAGUCGAGAAAAAUCAAUUGUUUUUCGUGUUUGCAUUUUCAUCGGUACUUCUAAAAAAAAAUUAAAAAAUUCAUUUCGUGUAUAAUUUCAGAUAUGUAAUACCCCGAUAUUAUAAUAUUAAUCAAUUAUUUGGCCAAAUUAUCGUUAGAUGCAACGUAUCGUAUAAUAUGCCUACUUCUGACAACUAAACCUGUCAGUAGUCAAAAACGUUAACCUCCUUGACUCUAGUGAACUUUAUCGAAGGAACACUUCGAUAUCUACAAAUUUCAUAAGAAUUAUUGAAAAGGGCAUUUAAAAGCUCAAAAUCUUCAAAUCCAAAACCAUGUCUCUUCCACCACCACUUCGAGUAUCCCCUCUAAUUAGGUUUGCUAGAUGGAGCUUACUUUCUGUUGGCGUAGUUUAUGGUGCUUUCCAUCAUAAUAGGUUAUCCAAAAAAGAAAAUCGUAUAAGAGAAAUCGAAGAACAACACAGAGAAGCUAGGGAAGCCCAAUUGUUAAUGGAAAAGAAAGCUCAAACCGAGAAAGAAAUGAAAGAGUUGGAAUCCUAUAUGUCUCCUAAAGCAGUUGCUUAGAAUACUCUUUCAAAACUAGUAGAAGUCUAAAAUAUGUGUUGUCAUCAAUUUGAUAUAUUAAAUAAAUAGGUUUAACUAUU